CGAGAGAGAGAGAUUUUGGAAAAUCGAAGAUAAGGAAACAAGGCAAAAUGCGUCAUCCUCAUCGUCAAUUAAAUACAAAUCGUGGGGUUGGCGAUCUCCGUACAGCUAUUACUCGCUUGUAUUUGGCUUAGCUCACUUCUACUUCAUCCUCUCACUCGGACAGUCACUCUCUCUCUCUCUCUCUGCGGUUUCUCUUUCUAAACUCCCGCCCUUCGCAAGCCCCGAAAGUAACAUCCUCUCCAUAUUCUUUCUUUAAUUUAGAUUCACAAUCUUCUUUAUAGUUUUCAAACCGACUCUCAAUUCAAACCCUCCAAAUUCUACCAGACCCACCUUUCCAUUUCCCUUUCCCUCUCAUCUCUUUUCUAGAUCCGUAGAUAACAAUCUUUUUUAAUCUCAAAGCAAGCCCAUUAAAGAAAUAUCAGAGAACAGAGAAAAGGGUUUGCAGGGACCGUUUACAGAGUGUCGAAGAAGAGAGGAACUCACGUCUCACCUUUCUCUCACCGCCAUCAUCUUCACUUACUCUUAGCCUAUAAUAACCCAUCAUGCCACCAGGUUCAAAGAAGAGAAAGGCUGUCAAGAAAAAGAAAGAAAAGGCCAACAACCAUUCAACAACUAACAAUCAACAAGUGCCAGAAAUUGAUGAUCUGAUAACCCAUGAGGAGAAAGAUAGUGAUGGUGGUGAAAUCAGUUCCCCUAAAUCACAGCCAGAGAAUCCGUCAAUAACGGAGAAGGAAGAACAGGGGGAGGUGGAUAGGCAGGGUUGGGAUUCUCAUCCUUCUGGAUCGGUUGUUAUCGAAGAUUCUAAAUCGAUGGAAGUUGCCCAAAAUGGCACUGGAAAUGGCGAAGCCAAAAAUAAGCAAGAAGAGGUGUUAGAGGAGGUGGAGGUUGUUCAGGAUAUUGAGGUUACUAGGGAGUUGAAGCCUGAGGAUGAUGAGGUUGUGAAGGACAUUCAGAUUACGAAGGAGUUGAAGCCUGAUGAGGUUUAUGAGAGCAAGAAUGAUAUUAUUGUGUCUGUUGAGCGAGAUGCUGGUAGUUUUAGCAGUAGUAGCAGUUCUGAUGAUGAAUCCCCACUGGUCGAUGAGAAAUCCCAGGUUAUGGAAUCAGAGAAGAUGGAAGAGGAGGAAAAGGGUGGUGGUUCAGUCAUGGAAACCACAGCCGUUGUUGAUUCGGUGCAGGAAUUGGAAGAGGUGAAGAUUGCUACUUCAGUUUUGGACACUGCUACUGACAACGAUUUGGUUGGGACGUUGGAGGAAAGUUCUAGUUCAGUCAUUGAAACUACACAUACUGUUGAUUCGGCAGAGCCAGUUGUUUCAUUGACUGAGGAGGUUACUGAGUCUUUUGCAUCCAGUACUGUUGAGGAUAAUGGGGUUUCUGAUGAGAUUGGUUUGGCAUCGAAGGAUAAUGAGGAGAUAUCAUUGCCUUUGUCAAAUGAGACUGUGGGGGCUUCGGAUGUAAUUGAAUCAGUGGCAAAGGAAAGUGAGGAUAAGAUGUUGCAACCUUCUGAUGCUCCAAUUGUUGAAACUAGUGGUACUGGUAGUGCUGAAUUACCCAAAGACCCUGCAAUUCCAGAAAUAUCAGAAAACCAGCCACUGUUGGGCACAAUUCCCCCACCAAUAGAAAGGACUUCUUGGAAGAGUUGCUGCGGCAUAUUUGAUGUUCUGAAAGGCUCAAACAGAUAGAUCAGGGAGGAUGCCGAGGACUUGCUAUGGAUAGAGAAAUGGAAUUGACUGAUGAAGUUUAUGAAGCAAGUCUGGGAAGGGAUAUUACUGCUUGAAGUUUUGAUAUACUCCUAAAUAAAUUGUACCUGGUGAUAAUAUUAGUCUUCAAUAUUUUCUAUUGAGCAAUAAUAGAGAAGUGACUUGAUUAAUUGAUCAGUGUAAGGUAGUUUCAUUGUUGAUUAGCAGCUUGAACUUGCUACCGAAACAAAGUGUGUGUUUUGUUGUGGAUGUUGCAUUCUUGAACCAAUAUUCUUUUUAGUUUUUAAGGAAGAUAGAUGGUCCAUGUUCGUUGGGUGUUUUUGUAUGUUAUAGAGUUUAUAGUCAAUGUUUAUUAUGGUAGUUCUGUAACUUUAAGAGUUUGCUUCUUUUUCAUGUGUCACUGGUAAUGACUUCAUUUAUGUGUGGUAUGGCUCAAUGUUGAGUUGGUGAGAGUUUGAUGCA